AAAAUCAGUUCGACCCAGACGUGUUCUGAGUUUCCAACUCUUCUCUCAUCUCUCUCCGGCGGAUCGCGGCGGCACUCCACGACCCAGACUCGGCUUUCACCAGCUGAUCUUUCUCCUCAGAUAGAUGGAAAUGGCAAGUGAUGUUCGGCGUUGGGAUGAGUUAAUACCUGAGGCGUUGAGUCUAAUAUUCAACGGCCUUUCUUUUAAGGAGAAGCUGACUGUGAUUCCGAUGGUUUGCAAACCAUGGAGUAAGGUGGUUAUGGGGUCUGACUGCUGGCGAGAGAUAGACAUUGAGGAAUGGAGUAAUGGAUGCCAGUCGCAACACCUUGAUCGAAUGAUUCAAAUGCUGGUUGCAAGAAGUGGUGGAUCGAUGAGAAAGCUGUGUGUUCCUGAACUCCAAAACGACAUGAUUUUCUCCUUCAUUGCCGAACAUGCCAAUGCCCUUCAGACCUUGAGACUGCGGAGAAGUGAAAUAAGUGAUUCAGUAGUAGAACAGACAAUUGGAAGGUUUUCUAAUAUCACCUUCUUGGAUCUUAGCUACUGUGGUAAAAUUGGCAGUCGAUCUCUAAAGGCCAUCGGAAUGAACUGUAAAUUGCUCACAGGACUGUGCCGGAACAUACAUCCAUCCUACUCUGCAGGCAUCCUUAUGAAUGAUGAGGCUGAUGCCAUUGCCACCACAAUGCCUAGACUGAAGCACCUUGAGAUAGCAUACCAUAUCAUCAACACACAAGGGGCUCUUCAAAUACUUGAGAGUUGCCCCGAGCUUGAAUUCAUGGACUUGAGAGGGUGUUGGGAUGUUAAGCUUGAUGACAAGUUCUUUGGGGAGAAGUUCCCAAAAUUGAAUGUUUUAGGGCCUUCUGUGGACGACUGCUAUGAUGAGGACCUGGAAGGUUGCCUGUGUAACUCGGAUGCUUCUGAUGAAUGUUCCCCCUUCGAAUAUGAAGACCUCUCUGAGGAACAUCUCUCAGACGAAUAUCUGUCUGACAGAUAACUGAUCUGAUCAAAUUCUUGUUGAGCUGCAAGUCUUCGUAGAACUUGGUGGUUGGCCCCUUGUUCAUUCACCAACGCCCUGUACAUUUAGCCUUUUGUUAACAUUUGCACCACCCUUUUCUUCUCUUAUUUAGUCCCUAUAAAUCUUUGCCGUUGAUAUCUAUGAUCAAGUAUCGUUGUGUAUGGCUGUAUGCUAAGAAGUUCUGCAGAUUUCUCCAGUUCCUGGCCGUUAUAGGGAUCCCUACAGUCUCAAAACACUCAUUUUCCAGAGCAGCACACUUCAUGACUUAAUGUAAAAU